AUGGCUAAAGCUUCAAGUUAUUUGCGCCAUCUCUUCUCCUCGUCCUAUAGUGACGAGGAGAAGCCCGGAUUCUUCAUCUGGCAUCCGAAGGGGACCUCUUCCUCUGAGAAGAAGCUGCUCUUCAAGAUUGACUUCUUCAUUCUCACCUACGGAUGUCUGGCUUAUUUCACAAAAUGGCUGGAUCAGAGCAACUUGUCCAAUGCCUAUGUCUCGGGCAUGAAAGAAGAUCUCAGCAUGUUUGGCACAGAGUAUAAUCUGGCCAUGACAUGCUUCUCUGUUGGACAAAUUAUCGGGCCUAUUCCUGCUAAUCUUCUGCUGACCUGGAUCCCUCCAAGGAUUCUACUCCCUGGAUUAGAAUUCCUGUGGGCAAUCCUUACUAUUGGAACAUAUGCAGUCACUGAUGUCCGACAACUCUACCCCAUCCGAUUCUUCGUUGGCUUCCUGGAGGGCAGCUGCUUCGUAGGAAUCCAAUACGUCCUCGGCUCUUGGUACAAGAGGACCGAGAUUGGAAAACGGACUGCCAUCUUUGCAUGCGCCGCUUACGUCGGCACCAUGAUCAGCGGAUAUCUGCAGAGCGCCGUGCUUGCUGGUCUUAACGGGACAAAUGGGCUGGCGGCCUGGCGCUGGGUGUUCAUCAUUGAUGGUAUCAUCACCGUCAUUGUUGCCGUUUACGGAUACAUCUUCUUCCCCGACACUCCGUACAACACCAAGGCCUUCUAUCUCAGCGACGAGGACCGGAAGAGAUGCAUUGAAAGGCUGAAAGAGGACGGGAGAGAGGAGACGAACAAAUUCACAUGGGAUUUGUUCAAGCGAACUCUCACCUCAUGGCAGCUUUACGUUCUGACCGUGCUAUGGAUGUUCUGGAAUACGACUGUUGGCAAGGUCUCUAACACGGUCUUCCAAUUGUUCUUGAAAGGCGACACUGAGCACAAGUGGAGUUUGUACGAGGUCAACAACAUCCCCACGUGCAUCAACGGUUUCAACAUCGUCAUGGUGUUGCUUCUCAAUGUUUACGUUGAUACCACUGGCAGGCGUAUGGCGGCUGUAGCUCUGAACUUGGGCAUCCUCCUCUUUGGCACCAUCUGCCUGGUCGUCUGGCAGAUUCCUCUUGGAUUACGGGUAACUUCGUACAUGUUUGCUGGCCUCGACGGUCCACUCAGUCCUAUAUACUACUCUUGGGCCAACAUUCUCUGCAGCGGCGACGCCCAGGUCCGAGCGCUGACACUGGCCAUCAUGAAUGCCUGCGGUGCGGCGUUGACAACGGUGAUCCAGCAGUUCUUGUAUCCUGUCACGGAUGCACCCAAAUACGGCAAGGGAUUCAAGGCCAGUCUCGGCUUUCUUAUUGGAAUGUGUGUGUGGGUAGUUGUCGUGCGCCUGUUUGAAAUGCGGGAGCUCCGCAAGGACAAGGACCUGACUCCGACGGAGGGCAUCGAGAGUGGCAGCGAGACUAACGUAGGAGUCAUGGUAGACGAGAAGAGAUAA